AUGUCUACAACCAUUCGCAAAGUUAUCUACUCCGGCGCUGGAGGCCCAGAAGUUGUGUCCGUCGUCUCCGCCGAAAUCCAGGCACCAGCAGCCAACGAAGUUCAAAUGAAAGUCUUGUAUGCGGGUAUGGGCGGUGCAGACGUAGCAAUGCGUGUUGGCUGCUACCCACAGCAAAAGAGUCCAGUAGGCUUGACUCCAGGCUAUAGCCUCGUUGGAAGGGUUCACCAGAAUGGCGCCAGCUGCUCCAAGUUCAACGACGGCGAUUUGGUCGCAUGCCUUACAAAGUACGAUUCCGAGGCUGAACUUUGCAACUUCCCGGAGAAAUACCUAGUUCCCGUGCCAGAGGGUGUGGAUCUCAGACAGGCCGUCGCAAUGGUGACCGACUGGACGACGGCAUACGGCAUGGCAUAUCGCGCCGCAAAGAUCUCCAAGGGCACGCGAGUGUUCAUCCAUGGUCUUAGUGGAUCAGUAGGCUUUGGCCUUCUUACAUUUUGCAAGAUGCAAGGCGCAGAGGUGUACGGAACCGCUUCGGAGAAGAACCAUGCCAAAGUGCGUGAAAGCGGAGCAACACCAUUUUUAUACUCGGACAAGGAGUGGAUGGUGGCUAUGAAGAACAUGGGGGGUGCUCAUGUCGUCUUCGACCCGCUGGGUUUCGAGUCCUGGGACGAAAGCUGGAGCAUCCUCGCACCAGAAGGCGGACAUUUGAUUGGAUAUGGAGGCAACACCGACAUACUCAAUGGCCGGAAACCACGAAGUCAGAUUCCACAAGUUGCAAAGCUGAUUGCCAAAGGAUUGAAUCCAUUUUGCCCGAACAAAUCGACCUUCUUUUACAUCGACAAGGAUCAGAAAACAUUCGAACCUGAGCUGAGAACACUAUUUGGGAUGCUGGCCAAGGGUGAAGUCACCGUGCCGAUCAGAAACGAGUGGACAUUGGAUGAGGUCCCCGAGGCUCAUCGCACUUGGGCGCAAGGCGCUGGUGUCGGUGCCGUCGUCGUAAGAGUGGCUGAGGAUGCAAGCAUGAUACACUUUGCUUGA